AUGUUGAAGGACCGUCCGAGCGGAACCAUAGUUCACACAUAUGUUUCACUUCCCCCGUACGUCCCUCCAGCUGCUGCACACAGACACAGCGGCUCCGAAAGCUCCGUAUUCACGAACUUCUCUCCAUCUGCAGAACCCACCGCCUCUGCUCCUCUCGGAACCAUGUCACACACGAUCCUUCUGGUGCAGCCGACCAAGAGACCCGAGGGCCGCACGUACGCAGACUACGAGUCUGUGAACGAGUGCAUGGAAGGAGUCUGUAAAAUGUACGAGGAGCACCUGAAGCGGAUGAACCCCAACAGUCCGUCCAUCACCUACGACAUCAGCCAACUGUUCGACUUCAUCGACGACUUGGCCGAUCUCAGCUGCCUCGUGUACAGGGCGGACACACAAACGUACCAGCCGUACAACAAAGACUGGAUCAAAGAGAAGAUCUAUGUUCUGCUGCGGCGCCAGGCCCAGCAGGCGGCCAAGUAA